ACUCCAAAAGCACGAAUCAAACCCUACACGGCGGCUAUAUAUAUAAAGAGAGACACCAUGAAACCGAUUCAGCCCCCUCCUUCCCCGAUGAAGAACCGCUUCCGCAAACGUCCUGACCUCAGCCUACCACUCCCUAACCGCGACGUAGCCCUCGCUGUACCUCUCCCCCUCCCUCCUCCUCCCUCCACCACCUCCGCGCCAGCGUCAGGCUCCGCCAUCUCCGCCGCGAAAAGCUUGUCCGAGCUAGAACGUGUCAACCGCAUCGGAAGCGGCGCAGGAGGAACGGUUUAUAAAGUGAUCCACCAUCCGACUUCGAAACUCUUCGCUCUCAAGGUGAUCUACGGUAACCACGAAUACAACGUAAGGCGACAGAUCUGUCGCGAGAUCGAGAUCUUGCGAAGCGUCGAUCACGCCAACGUCGUGAAAUGCCACGACAUGUUCGACCACAACGGGGAGAUUCAAGUCUUGCUCGAGUUUAUGGACGGAGGAUGUCUCGAGGGAGUGCACGUGUCGCGAGAGGAGGAGCUCUCGGACAUGUCACGGCAGAUUCUCAGCGGGUUGGCUUAUCUCCACCGUCACCAUAUCGUCCACCGCGACAUCAAGCCGUCGAAUCUUUUGAUCGACUCGGAGAAGAACGUUAAGAUCGCUGAUUUUGGAGUGAGUAGGAUCUUGGCGCAGACCAUGGAUCCUUGUAACUCGUCGGUGGGAACCAUUGCUUACAUGAGCCCCGAGAGGAUUAACACUGACCUGAAUCAUGGACGUUACAACGGUUACGCUGGAGAUGUGUGGAGUCUUGGUGUUAGCAUUUUGGAGUUUUACUUGGGGAGGUUUCCUUUUGCUGUGAGUAGACAAGGUGACUGGGCGAGUCUGAUGUGCGCCAUUUGUAUGUCUCAGCCGCCUGAAGCUCCGGCGACGGCGUCUGAGGAGUUUCGUCACUUUGUGUCUUGUUGUUUGCAGAGUGAUCCUCCCAAGAGAUGGUCUGCGCAACAGCUUCUGCAGCAUCCUUUCAUACUCAAAUCAACCAGAGCUCCGGCGUCUUAGUUUUUGCUUUCCCGUUUUGCCCUUGUCAUCUUUUUUUUUUUCCCUAUAUUCUUUUGCUUACAUAAGUUUUGUGGUGAUUGUGAUUAGGGUAAUGAUUUGAUUGGCGAAGAGACACAGUUUUGAGUCUUGUCAUGAAUGAAGAUUGAGUUUGCAUGGCUUGUAGUAGCUUUAUUAUUAUCAUUGUUUCACAUCUUCCAUUUGUUUUAAACUAUCAUUAAUAAAGCUUCU